AAAGCUAACAGCAAGGCGGGACAGGCCUCACUGCACAGGGGCUGUGUGUGUGUGUGAAGUGUGAAGUGUGUAUGUGAAGUGUGUGCUGCUUGGACUGAUCUUCAGUAAUCCCAUCAACGGCAAACGUCUGUAGGAAGACAACGCUGUGUGUGUUCUAUGAAAGACGCGGUGUGUUGUGAAAAAGACGCUGUGUGUGGUGUGCGGUGAGAUGAUGGUUCGAGGGUAAAGGCUGGUAUCUUGUCUGAAGAGGAAACAUGCUGAGCCUAAGCAGAACCCGGUCGCUGUGGAUCUGGGUCGUGUUUGGAACCAUGUGUGUGCUAGAUGUGGCCUUCAGUGCCAGGAGAACAUCCAGCAGGAGAUCUGAGCGGUUAAGUCCGCCGUUGGACAUCCAGCUGCAGACGGUGAACUGCACAGCCAUCAGAGUGCAGUGGAAGAUGCCCCGGAGACAUGUCAGCACCAUCACCGGCUACAAGGUGUUCUACUCAGAGGUGAGGAUUGGUCGACCCCUGAGCUCACCUGUGACUCUGGACGUCCCUCUGAGUCUGGACAUGCUGACUACUGGACAAUUUGAUGGACAAGCAAGUUUUGACGUGGUGAUCGGGAAGCUGAAGGUAGCUACACAGUACCGGGUGAGUGUCGGGGCAUACGGAUGGGCGGGGGAGGGACGUCCCAGCAUGCCCCGGGACGUCAGCACCUCGUCUCAUGAAGUGUGUAUGCCCCCCUCGCCCCCCGCCCAGCCCGUAGUGUCGGCUGUGUCGGAUACAGAGCUGGCUCUGUCGUGGGAGGAGGGCGAGAGUGAGGGCAGCGCCCCCGUCCUGCACUUCCUGGUGGCUUAUAUCAGGCCGGAGAUGGACACAGAGUGGACGUAUAUCCGGGAGCCGGUAGAGUCCAGGUCGAUGGUUCUGAAAGGUCUGAUCCCGGAGACGGAGUAUCAGUUCAUCAUCAGAGCCGUAAACACACAUGGGGUCAGCCCCCCCAGCCCCAUCAACCCACCCGUCCGAACACUGGGUCUGGUAGAUGUGGGCAGUGGAGAUUAUGAACUCUAUAUCACUCAGUCUAAAAGUAAAGAUGAGGAUGGUGUUGAUAUCGAUGACUCUGACUACGAUAUAUUCAUAGAGGAGCUCAAUCCGUUUCCUGCCCUGAAGACCAGCAGCCGACGCUCCCAACUUCGCUCCCGAACCGGAACGCCAAGGAACGGGAACGUCAUCUACAGAAUGAGAACAAUCCCUGCCCCCCAGAACACACCUGUCCCCCAGAGCACACCUGUCCCCCAGAGCACACCUGUUCCUGAAAACACACCUGUCCCCGACAGCAGCACCUUUACCCCGGCCGUUACAGUCUGGACCCUAACCACCACACCUGUCCCUACCCCCACCCAAUCCACAACUACAACCUCCACUGCUCCUCCCAGGACAAGCCUCGCCCCCUCCACCACAGCCCCGCCCACUCCCAGCCCCUCGGUGUCGGUGUGGAGCGGGCCGGACCCUCGUGUUUAUAACAGUGCGUGUGAGGAGACGCUCUGCCCCCCCGACAGUUUCUGCGUUAACGACUACGAGCGCGGGGGCUCACGCUGCCACUGCAACCUCGGCCACCAGGGGGCGCUCUGCUCACAAGGUGUGAGCAUCCAAUUUCCGAAGUUUUAUGGAUUUUCUCACAUGACUUUUGAACCGCUGAAGAAUUCCUACCAGAACUUCCAGAUCAGUCUGGAGUUUAAGGCGGACUCUGGGGACGGGCUGUUGUUGUACUGUGGGGAGAAUGAUCACGGUCGGGGCGACUUCACGUCUCUCGCUCUCAUACGAGGAAAAGUGCACUACAGGUUUAACUGCGGUACGGGGGCGGCGCAGAUCGUAAGUGAAAGCUCGAUUGUGAUUGGCCAGUGGCACACAGUCACUUUAUUCAGGGAUGGGUUGAAUGGCUGGCUCAGACUGGACAAUGAUACACCUGUGUCAGGACGCUCACAGGGUCAGUACAGCAAAAUCACAUUCCGGACUCCUCUAUAUGUGGGCGGAGCUCCCAGUGCAUAUUGGCUUGUGAGAUCUGUGGGGACCAAUCGUGGAUUUCAGGGUUGUGUCCAGAGCCUGACCGUCAAUAGCAAACCCACUGACCUCCGACCCUGGCCUCGGGGGAACGCCCUCAGCGGAGCCGAUAUAGGUGAGUGCAGUAACAGUGUGUGUGAAGGGGUCACCUGUGCUAAUGGAGGAGUGUGUUUUCCCACUCGAGCGGACGCUUACAUCUGCCUCUGUCCCCUGGGCUACAGAGGAGUCCACUGCCAGGAGAGUUUCUUGCUGACUCUCCCUCAGUUUAAUGAGAGUCUGCAGUCGUACUCUAGCGCCCCCUGGCCGCAGUCCUCCCAGUCCUACCUAUCCUUCAUGGAGUUUGAGAUCAUCUUCCAGCCAACCAAUCAGGACGGGACGCUGCUGUACAGCGAUGAUGCGGCCAGUCAGGACUUCCUGUCCAUCACUCUGUCGGGGGGACACCUGGAGUUCCGCUUUGACUGUGGGUCCGGACCCGCCGUCCUCAGGAGUGAGGAGCCGGUCAGUAUGAACGUGUGGCAUGAGUUGAGAGUUUCUCGCACGGCUAGGAGUGGGAUCCUGCAGGUGGACGAGCAGCAGGCAGUAGAGGGCAGCGCUGAGGGGGCCUUUACACAGAUUAAGUGUAGUUCAGGGAUUUUUAUUGGAGGAGUUCCUGAUUAUGAUCGAACGAAAAGCAGCGCUGGAGUCGUCAGAGCGUUCACCGGAUCCAUCCAGAAAAUAGUGGUGAACGAGCGUGCGGUGGUGGUGAACGGGGGGGUGAACGUCCUGAACGCGCUGCACCCCUGUGUGGAGAAUCCCUGCGCCAACGGGGGAACCUGCCGCCCCCGAGGGGACGGGUAUGACUGCGACUGCGCCCUGGGAUACGACGGGACGCACUGCCAGAAAGAGUGCGGAAACUACUGCCUAAACACUGUGACGGAGGCUAUAGAGAUCCCUCAGUUUUCAGGGCGGAGUUAUCUGACGUAUGAUAAUCGGGAUUUGCUGAAAAGGGUGUCCGGCUCCAGGACGAGUGUGUUUAUGAGGUUUAAGAGUUCGUCUCCUGAUGGGCUGCUGCUGUGGAGAGGCUCCAGCCCCAACGGGGACUUCCUGUCUCUGGGGCUUCAGGACGGAGCUCUGAUCUUCAGGUAUAAUCUGGGCAGUGGAGCUGCUGUGAUCAUGAUGAACGGAACCUUCAGUGAUGGGAAGUGGCACAGAGUGAAAGUGGUCAGGGACGGGCCGUUCGGUAAACUGACGGUGGACGAUUACGGAACGACGACGGGAAGAUCUCCCGGGAAAAUGAGACAGCUGAACAUAAACGGAGAUCUUUACAUCGGUGGGAUGAAGGAGAUUGCUCUGUACACCAGCAGGCAGUACCUGGCGGGACUCGUCGGGUGUGUUUCACACUUUACUCUCUCCACCGAUUUUCAUGUUUCACUGGUGGAGGAAGCAGCCGACGGCAAGAACAUCAACACCUGCACCAACUAACCACCCUAAACUACACCUGCACCACCCCAAGCUACACCUGCACUACCCUAAACUACACCUGCACCACCCUAAACUACACCUGCACCACCCCAAACUACACCUGCACCACCCCAAACUACACCUGCACCACCCUAAACUACACCUGCACUACCCUAAACUACACCUGCACCACCCCAAACUACACCUGCACCACCCCAAACUACACCUGCACUACCCCAAACUACACCUGCACUACCCUAAACUACACCUGCACCAACUAACCACCCUAAACUACACCUGCACCACCCCAAACUACACCUGCACCACCCUAAACUACACCUGCACCACCCCAAACUACACCUGCACCAACUAACCACCCUAAUCUACACCUGCACCAACUAACCACCUAAACUACACCUGCACCAACUAAC